UGGGCUACGUUGUUAUUGCUCAAAUUUGUUACUCCGUAUUUUCAUGAAUUUAUAAGUGGUAGAAGUUAAAGAAUUAGUAACUGGUUGGUUCUAUGUGAAUUAUAAAGUUUUGGUGUACCUGCUGAUAAUAUCCACGUGAGGUUAACUUGACAGAAAUGAGCACGAUUGAGGGAGGAAUUGGAGAAUACUUGGAAGGGGCACAUUACAAUCAUCAGCCAUAUUUUGACAACUCGACUCAUAGAGAGAUUACAACCACUAUAGGACAAACUGCCCAACUGCCAUGUCGUGUUAGGAAUCUUGCUGAUAGAGCUGUCUCAUGGAUAAGGAAGCGCGACCUCCAUAUCUUGACAGUUGGAGUUCUGACCUACACAAAUGACGCGAGAUUUCAAUCGCUUCACUCCGAGGGGUCCGAAGAGUGGACACUUAAGAUCAGCUCCACUCAACUGAGGGACUCGGGCACUUAUGAGUGUCAAGUGUCAACCGAGCCUAAGAUAUCUCAAGGAUUCAAGCUCAAUGUUGUCGUAUCACGUGCACAUAUCCUUGGUAGCGGAGAGUUAUAUGUGAAACGAGGAAGUCAUAUCAACCUGACCUGUCUAGUGGUUGAGACUAUUGAGCCACCUUCCUUCAUAUACUGGUACAGAGGAGGUGAAGUGGUGAAUUAUUCCCAACGAGGCGGCAUCUCAGUGUUGACAGAGAAGAAAUCGCGUAGCAGUCGACUUCUGAUAUCAAGGGCAGAGCCCCCCGACUCUGGCAAUUACACCUGUAUCCCUUCGGCCAGUGACUCAGCCUCUGUGCUAGUGCAUGUACUCAAUGGAGAGCAGCCGGCAGCAAUGCAGCAUGGUAAUAGCAGCAGAGGCGCUGUUGCCAGACUUCUACCCACACUUUUGCUGGUUUGCCAGCUCGUGCGAGAUGCAACAAUGUCCUACACCCACUCCAUCCUACGGUGAUCUAUUUCCAUUGGAAUCUUCAAAAAUCUCUAAGGAAACCAUCUCAAUUAAUAGAAUCUCGGUUGUGUGAAAAGUUUAGACUUCUGUGAAAAGAUCAGAGAAUUUUAAGAAAUUCUUUAGGGCCGGUUUCCGAUCUCGGGAUUUAGCUAAGUUGUAGACUUUAAACAGCUGGAGUCAGAAAAUUGGCUUUCCAAAACGGGGCGUAGUCGCAGUUUUUAUUUUCUCAUUUCUAUAAUUGGAACUGUUUUUCCUUGACGAAAUUAAACAUUCCUAAAUAAUUCAGAAUAGCUGAAAUUUUACACUAUUUUAUUUUAUUUUGUGUUCAAUUUUGUAGUUUUUCGAAAUUUAAUUCAAACGUGACUAUGACAAUGACUACGACUACGCCCCGUUUCGGAGAGCCAAUUUUCUGAAUCCAGCUGUUUAAAGUCUACAACUUAGCUAAAUCCCGAGCUCGGAAACCGGCCUGAGAUAUUGAAAAAUAGCUUGGAGAACGAGCUUGAGAAUAUUGAAAAAUCUUGAAGCCAAUUUUGGUGGAGAAGGAUGAGGAGAAGAAGGAGGAGGAGGAGGUGUUGGAGGGGAACUAGUUAAUGAGGAGGAGGAGGAGGAGUGGGAACAAGAGGAGCAGUAUGAAGAAGCAGGAAAUAAAAUCAUAUGAAACACAUUUUUUAUGUCAAAUUAAGCCUUUCUUGUCAUACCUGUCAAUAAUAUUAUAAUUAUGACUAUGAUUGGAAUUACUUCCAAACUGAAAAGAUGUUGUGCCAAUUGAAUGAGAAUAUCCAAGUUUAUUUGGGAAAUAGAUUCUGAACAUAUUAUAAUACUCUUUCUGUAUCCCUUGUGAGACAUUAUUUCCAUUUUUCAAAACACUCUCCUGAUAUGUUAACUUUUUUGAUGAUGUACGUACUAUCAUGGUUGUGAUAACACAUAAAACUGUAAUUGAAAAAUAAAAGAUUACCUUUUCAAUUGAA